CCAGAGGAGCUUGACCCAACCUUUGACCUUCUAAAUCGGAUGUGACGUACGUGCCUAAUGAAUGCGCUUCAGCUGAGCUGUCGCCAAAUCGGGCGUACUUUUCUUGCAGUAUUCAAGCAUUUAAUUCACGUCAAAUUUGAUGCUCAUUUAAUGUAGGGACCUGAAUACAAGUUAAGCAUCUUAACAUUGGAUCAUCAUGGCGGGCAACCAAAACUUGAUGCAGAACAGCAGUAACUGGACAAGCCAGGAGACGCACUGUUUGAUCAGCCUGUGGAACAGCGAGAGGAUUCUACGCAUGAUGGAGAAGGCCAGGAAGAGACAGGUGUACGAAAUGCUUUCCAAAGGGAUGCAAGAGGCGGGCUACUUCCGAACCACAAGACAAGUGAACGUAAAGAUUCGAGACCUGAAGUACCUUUACCGUCGGCACAAGGAAGCGGUUGCCAAUGGUGGAAAAGCGAGAAGUGACUGGGAGUUUUUCGAAGCACUUGAUCCAUUUUUGGCCGAUCGGGUUGUCUCCAGGUCUGCUGGCCAAAUGAGUGAAACCAUGAUGGAGGAGGAUAGAGCUUAUUAUGCAGAUGGAGAUGGUGAUGUAAUGGCUGAUGAGGAUGCUGAUUUCAUGAAUGACGCAUCGUUACACGGAUCAAGCCCGCCACCCACCAAUGAAGAUAUGACAGCACCUGUCAUAGGCCAGAUGGCGUACCCUUUAUACACAACUUCGCACGAUACCACACGUAACUGGGCGGCCGACACAACAUCAAACGAUACCGCACGUAACUGGGCAUCUGAC